UUAAAGAAUGAAAAAAAAUAUUAUGUAAAUACAGCUGGAACUCCUCUCUCUCUCUCUCUCUCUCUCCUCUCUCUCUCUCUCUAAAGUCAUAAAUUAGAAGAAAAAGUCAAAAUAAGGGGGAUCGUCAGCGAGGCUGAGGAAGCCCUUAGCAAAAAUUGAAGAGCAAAGAACCCCUCUUUAGCGGUUAUAAAUAGCCUAAGUUCACACAUAUGUAUCUAUUUCAGUAGCCCCAAAUACACCUUGUGUGUGUGAUGUUUGAGAGUGUUAUCGAUCGGCUGUGAAUUUGAAGGGUAAAAUGGGUAAUUUGUUCUCCAAUUCUCUUUCCAAGCUUUAUCAUGGUGAAGCAUCGGAAGGGUCAGGCAAGGGGCAAGGCCAUCAUGGGUCAGUGAAAUACGGUUUCAGCCUUGUUAAAGGGAAGGCUAAUCAUCCGAUGGAAGACUACCAUGUGUCCAAAUUCAUCUCUCAUCGUGGACGUGAGCUCGGGCUUUUCGCUAUUUACGACGGGCAUCUGGGCGAUGAGGUGCCUGUGUAUCUUCAAAAGCAUUUGUUCCCUAAUAUCAUCAAGGAGGGUGAGUUUCUGAAGGAUCCACACCGAUCAAUUUCGAAAGCCUAUGAAAGAACCGACCAAGCGAUUCUUUCUCAUGAUCCCGACCUUGGAAGAGGUGGGUCCACUGCAGUUACCGCUAUCGUCAUCGACGGUCGUAAGUUAUGGGUGGCAAAUGUUGGAGAUUCCCGUGCGGUUCUUUCUAAGAGGGGACAAGCUAUCCAGAUGAGUACUGAUCAUGAGCCCAAUAACGAGAGGGGCAGUAUUGAAAAUCGAGGAGGUUUCGUCUCAAACAUGCCAGGAGAUGUGGCAAGAGUGAACGGACAGCUGGCCGUUUCGCGUGCUUUUGGAGACAAGAAUCUCAAGAGUCAUGUCCGCUGUGAUCCGGAUAUAGCAAACUCAGAUAUCGACGCAAACACCGAGAUUCUCAUUCUCGCAAGUGACGGUCUGUGGAAGGUUAUGACUAACCAAGAGGCAGUGGACAUCGCGAUAAAGAUCAAGGACCCGAAAAAGGCGGCCAAGCAACUAGCCGUUGAAGCACUGAAUCGAGAAAGCAAGGAUGAUAUCUCUUGCAUCGUUGUGCGAUUCAAGUGGUGAAACCGAAACCGAAACCCCAUAAAGAAGUCUUUUAGGAAGAGUAUGUCUAGUAAAGAUGUAAUUAUGGUUUGUUACCGUUAAGGAUAUCGAAAUGUGGGGGUUGUGUUUUUUUUUAUUUUUUAAUAUCUUGAACUGGCUAGAUUUAUAUAUGUUACUUUUGGUUACUUUUGGUUUUGGUUGGUUGGUUGGUUGUAAUCUAAAUGAAUAGUUAUGGGGCGUGUAAAUAAAACUACAAAAGUUUCUUUUAUCA